CACUCUCCCAUUCAUGCGGAACUCAGUCCGGUUUCCCGGUCUGUCGCAGCCGUCUUCCCCGCCAACCUAGAUGCUGGACGAGGAUCGAUGCUCGCGCAACCAUGCACAUACACUACCAUGAGAUCCCGCGUGCGAGCCAUGGAAGAGCCGGGUUAGCUCGCAGCUGGGCUCAUGCUUGUCAAAUGCUAUGCAGCGGGCAACCGUUCGAGACCCCUCUGGUGCUGGCGCUGGCGCUGCAAAUCCCGUCGCCCGGCCCUGGGAGCAAAGAAGGGGGUUUUGGAGGGUUGGAGGGAUUAAUUUACAGCAUCGUUGAUUUUGGAAGCGAAGUAGGACCGAGAGAUAUGGAACUUGCAGGAAUGGAAUAAGGUUUGGAGGGUAUGGCAGGGAAUUUGAGAGACAGGACGAGACUUAUUGCCUUGAACUGGAGCUUGAUACCAUAUGCCGGUUGAGCUGUAUCCUGCCUUGGGGAUGUAGGGAAACAAUUAAUAAAAUGAGCGAGUAGA